CGCCUCGGGGCUCCUCGCUUGGUUCCCCAUCCCGCGCCUGCGAGGAGCGGCUCUGCCCUUCUGGCCUGAACCCACGGGGCUGGAGCAACAAGACACCGGUGGGGGGUGAGGGGGAGAAACUUAUUUUGUUCCCUCCUCCCCUAGAGCCGCGGCGCUCCAGUACCGGCGCUGACGGGCAGUGGGGAGGCUUUGCCUUGAACUGCGCGUGGAGAGGAGCCACAGCCACAGCCCGACUCCCACUGGGCGGGCAGGGGGCGCCCGGCCAGCCGCCGCCGCAAGGAGGGAGAGUUGGGCGCUUGGCGGCCGGAGCUGGGCUUGUCUUCCGCCAGCUGCUGCGUUCCUGGGGCUGCUCCCGCCGGAGGGACCGAGCCCGGCGUCUCCCCGCGGCCGGAGGGGAGCCGAUGCGAACCAGAGGCGCCCCGGCCGCGGCUAGCAGUGGGCUCUGCAGGACUCUCCCGGCCCCCACCGCCCCGCAAGCGAGCAGCGCAGCAAAGGAGCGAGCGAGCCCGGCAGGCUCGGGGCGAUGGCGAGCCCGAGGCACGGCCACUUAGCGGCUGCAGCGUUCUUCCUCGCCCAGUGCUUGGCAGCCCGCUUCCAGCUCGUGGACGGGGAGACGGCGCGGCGACCUCAGGGUGUGUUUUAUGAAGUUGUUCAGAGCGCCCCUCGAGUGGAGGAAAACGUACAAGUGGAGUCACACCUAUACAGUCACAGGUGGAAAAGGCACUCAGAGUCUCUCAAAUCAGUUGAUACUAACAGAGCCAGCAUGGGGCAGGAUUCCUCAGAACCUGGGGGCUUCACAGACCUACUACUUGACGAGGGACAUGACAACACCACACAGAUUGAGGAGGAUACAGAUCAUAAUUAUUAUACUUCCAGGACAUACAGCCCAUUUGAUUCUAUCAGCCGGGAUUUGUGGGUGAACAUAGACCAAAUGGAAAAAGACAAAGUGAAGAUCCACGGGAUUCUGUCCAAUACCCAUCGGCAAGCAGCAAGAGUGAAUCUGUCCUUUGAUUUUCCAUUUUAUGGACAUUUCCUACGUGAAAUUACUGUGGCAACUGGGGGUUUCAUAUAUACUGGAGAAGUUGUGCAUCGAAUGCUAACAGCUACACAAUACAUAGCACCCUUGAUGGCAAAUUUUGACCCCAGUGUGUCAAGAAAUUCAACAGUGAGAUACUUUGAUAAUGGCACAGCACUUGUUGUCCAAUGGGAUCAUGUACAUCUGCAGGAUAAUUACAACCUAGGCAGUUUUACUUUUCAGGCUACCCUUCUCAAUGAUGGGCGGAUCAUUUUUGGAUAUAAAGAAAUUCCUGUUUCAGUGACACAGAUAAGUUCAGCCAAUCACCCAGUGAAAGUGGGACUGUCGGAUGCAUUUGUGGUGGUGCAUAGGAUCCAGCAAAUUCCCAAUGUCCGUAGAAGGACGAUUUAUGAAUACCAUAGGGUGGAGCUACAGAUGUCAAAGGUUACCAGUCUGUCAGCUGUUGAGAUGAUACCUCUACCUACCUGUCUCCAGUUUAACAGCUGUGGUCCCUGUGUCACUGCCCAGAUUGGCUUCAACUGCAGCUGGUGUAAUAAACUCGAAAGGUAA